AUGGCACCCAGAACCAGGAUCCGCUUAAGACUAACGCGUAGUUCAAACACUGCAGAGAGCACGCCCAAGGGUUUUGCCGAGACCGAGGACGAGCCCAUGGUUGAUGCGGCUGCGGCUGACGAAGGCUCUGAGCACGAGGAGCCGCCUGCGCAGGACGACGACGACGACGACCAGGAGGAAACCAAGGUCGCGUCUGAUCACCAAGAAGCAGCUGCUAGAGAAGGAGAGGAGGAGGGCGACGAGGCCAAGGAACCCAGUCCGCCGCCUCAGCCUGUGAUUCGAAGAAAGCGGCUGGGUCGACCGCCGAAGAACAAGCCCCCGGAUUGGGAUCCCAUGAUCACCGUGACGGAGGAUACGCCGCGACGUCGUGGUCGCGGGGGGUGGAGAGGUCGAGGUGGUCGCAAGGGAGGACCAGCAGCGCCAAAGGCCGAACAGGUUAUUGACGCCGAAGGUACCGUGGCCGAGAUUGUCAAUGACGAGUGUGUGCUACCCGAGGAUCCUGAGGGCGAGACCAAGGUCGACAAGCUGGGAAACCUAGAAGGCGGUCGCGACUAUCGCUGUCGUACCUUUACCGUCCUGGGACGUGGAAAUCGACUUUACAUGUUGUCCACGGAGCCUGCUCGUUGUGUUGGUUUCCGAGACAGCUACCUGUUCUUCACGAAGCACCGAAAGCUACACAAGAUCAUUGUCGACGACGACGAGAAGCGAGACAUGAUUGAGCGAGACAUUAUCCCACAUUCUUACAAGGGCCGAUCCAUAGGUGUUGUUACGGCCCGGUCAGUCUUUAGGGAGUUUGGCGCCAGAAUCAUUAUUGGCGGCAAGCGCAUCAUUGACGAUUACAAUGUUGCUCAGCUGCGGGAAGAAGGUGCUGUUGAGGGCCAGCUUGCUGACCCCGAUGACCACUUUGUCCCCGGCGAGUACAACAAGAAUCAGUACGUUGCCUGGCACGGGGCCAGUGCUGUCUAUCAUACCAAUGUGCCGUCUGUGCCUGUACCGAAUGGGAAGCCGGAAUACAAGAAACGCAAGGUCAACGUCAAUGACCAGAAUUGGAUGCUGGAACAUGCACGAGAAGCUAGCAUAUUCAACGCUGGAAUCAAUGCGAUUCGCAAGUUCAACAAUGCCGGCGUCUACGACAUUCACACCAACAUGAUACAAUACCCAGCCACGAUGCAGCCCACCCGUGUGCGAAUCGAGCAAGUGAGUCCCGACGAAGAGGCAGCCAGCAAAGGGAGCGCCAAGUUCCCACCGGUGCCGCUCAGAAUGGCCAGGAAUUUCCUCGUCAUGGACACAUACUGCGAGGGUGCGCCGCGAAACGGCGCUUCUGUCCGACCAAGCAACGAGACGCCGGCGGAAUUUGUCGCCUCGUUCAACGGGCUGGUGUCAGUGUCAGACGAGAUCAAGGAUCUGUUGCCGGCUGAGUGUCGAAAGGCGUUUGAUGAGGCGCUGGAGGCAGAGGUCGAGUUCCAGUCGCGCUGGGGCACGGAGAAGGAGAAGAUGUCGCGCCGGGACCCCAUCAUUGAUAAAGCGAUAGUACCGUACAGCAUGUCGUAG